GUUUGAGAAAAGAUAAUGUUGAUAACAGUGAGAGAAGCAGCUUCUCCAAUUUCUUCAUUUUGUAAUCUUAAUUAUAAUUAUAAUUAUAAUUAUAAUUAUAAUUAUAAUAAUCCUUCAAAAUCCACUUCCAGACUCAAAAUUUCUACCUGCAGAGCCUCUUUUUCUCUGCAAAACCAACCCACUUCCACCACCAAGCCAUGGAGCUCCAAAACCAGCUAUGAUCUCUCAGUUUUUGAUCCCUUGGGUAUUAAUCCAGAUGGAUAUUCUGGUUUAACUUCUGCUUGGGAAAGUCUACUAGCCUUGUUAUCACCAACAUUCGAGAGCACCUCAAGUACCAAGAAGGAUAAAUCUUCAGCUAGAGGAGUUGCCGCUGCAAUUGAGGACAGUUCCAUUGAUUUUGGGGAUUUCUUUAAAGGCCCAUUGCCAGGGAAAUUUCUCAAGCUAUUGGGAUUCUUGGCUUUAUCCCGUCUUGGAAUAUACAUACCUCUUGGUGGGGUAAACAGAGACGCUUUUGUUGGAAACUUAGAUCAAAAUAGCUUAUUAAGCACUUUGGAUUCAUUUUCUGGGGGAGGCAUUGGUAGACUUGGUAUAUGUUCCCUUGGUAUUGUUCCCUUCAUCAAUGCACAAAUUGUGUUUCAGCUUCUUGCUCAAGUUUACCCCAAAUUACAAGAUCUUCAGAAAAGAGAAGGUGAAGCUGGAAGAAAGAAGAUUCUCCAAUAUACUCAAUAUGCUUCCGUUGGGUUCGCUGUAGUACAGGCAAUUGGACAGGUUUUUUUCCUACGUCCCUAUGUCAAUGACUUUAGCACAGAAUGGGUUUUGUCAUCUGUUACAUUGUUGACACUUGGAUCUGUCUUGACGACAUAUCUCGGGGAACGAAUUUCUGAUCUAAAACUUGGAAACGGAACAUCUCUUUUGAUAUUCACGAGCAUUAUUUCCUAUUUGCCAGCAUCUUUUGGUAGGACAGUUACACAAGCAUUGCAGGAUGGUAACUACGCUGGGCUUGCUACAAUCUUCACCUCAUUCUUUCUGUUAGUUCUUGGAAUAGUGUAUGUUCAGGAAGCAGAGAGAAAGAUACCACUCAACUAUGCCUCAAGAUACACCAGCAAGAGUGGCGGUCUUCAAAAAUCUGCUUACCUACCAUUCAAGGUAAAUAGUACCGGGGUGAUGCCUAUCAUUUUUUCUACAUCAUCACUGGCUCUUCCUGGCACUCUAGCGCGAUUUACCGGAGUAUCUGCGCUAAAAAGUGCUGCGGUGGCUUUGAACCCAGGAGGUUCAUUAUAUCUCCCCACCAAUAUUUUAUUAAUAGCCUUCUUCAACUAUUACUACACCUUCCUGCAAUUGGACCCUGAUGAUGUGAGUGAACAGUUGAAGCGCCAAGGUGCUUCAAUUCCACUAGUCCGACCGGGUAAAAGUACAGCUGCAUUUCUGAAAACGGUUCUGAGCAGGAUUUCAGUCCUGGGUUCAGGGUUCUUGGCCAUACUAGCUGCUGGACCUGCUGUUGUUGAACAAAUCACACACUUGACUGCAUUUCGAGGAUUUGCCGGUACUUCAGUCCUCAUUCUUGUUGGUUGUGCAACAGAUACUGCAAGAAAAGUUCAAGCAGAAAUAAUCUCUCAGAAGUACAAGAACAUUGAUAGAUAUGGUUCCUGAAAGGCUAAUCCUUACGACCAGAGAGGAUUAAUUAUUUGAGCUACCCAAUGUCGGAUGCUGCAGAGUUCGGAUUUCAUCGUGAUACCUUCUUUUCUACUGUAUGUGUAUUAUACAGCUUGUGCCUUGUUUCAUCAUAUAGGCCCUAAAGUGUACAUACUGCUGCAACAGUCAAUUUUAUUAAUUUUAAGUUCAGGUAGAGAAGUAGAUGUUCUACUGUAUGUAUGUAUCCUUGAUUUUCCCCAGUUUUUGCAGUCAAUGAGAUUGUUUUUAAUA